CCGGCGUUAUGGGGAAGAGAAAGAUUUUGCGAAAAGAAAAUGAUUACGGAGAUACUUCUCGGUUUGUGGAAGUAGCAAGCAUAUGGGUUCAUGUAUUUAUUACCGAACUAGCGCCGUUGCCAAGACCAGAACACAGAAGCACCAUAAAAGUUCAGAUAACAAGUUAAUGUAACGAAGAACAGAGGAGAGAUUGGAAGAUUCUGGGAAGCAUUAAAUAGCAUCAUUAAAUACGAUAAGGUAUAAAACUGUCGUCUACUAACAAAUGUCGUUCCUCUUCGUUAUUGUUAGUGUGAUAAAAUUCAUGAUGCUCGGUACUAACAAGGUUAUGACUUGUUUUCUACAGGAAAAAUAUGGCUAUGGUGGUGCGGUUGGUUAGAGGGGAGUGGAGAAAAGACGAUGAAGGCUGUUACGAACAUGUAUCCGCUUUGGAAGGUUUUACGAUGGCAGUUCGGCUGAGGGAGACAGAUGGAUAUAAUAAAGUUGUUAAUGCGGUAAAAGAAAGAUUGGCACUUCGCGAUACAGACCAAAUCGAGCUAAGUUAUCAGUGACCGCAGUGGAUGAUGGGUCCAGACUGGAAACGAGCAGACCCGAUACACAUCCUUAAUGAUGAAGAUAUGACGCUGUUCAUGGCGAUAAGGGCUGAUCUUGAAGAGGUGCAUCUGCGAGUUAAGGUGAGAAGGGGAGGGCUGGAGAAGAAUGUUAAUUCUUUCAAAAGCCAUUUAGAUCUGGGAGGAUUGACAUCAGAGGAGAUAUCUGAUAAGUACUGGAAUUCCGCGGAAACGAGAUCAGUUUGGGAUAGUGCGUUAACCCGGUUGUUAACGCGAAAUGCAGGCGUGGACAAGCGUAGUACCAGCGAACUACAACAACAGGGAAACGAAGCGAUUGAAGGACCAAGAAGACUAAACCUGAAUGGAGGGGUAAGGAUACAGGAGCCGUUAAACGUAACACCUCUUAGAACAGCGGUACCAAGUCAGGCCGAUGACACAGAGAAACGAAAAGCAACAGCCAGCGAGAAGGGCAAAGGACAUGUUACCGAGGCAGCAGUGUUAAAAACAGCUCACGCUAAUGGAUUAGCAUGUAAGGAAAUGUUUGAGGCAGCGCAAACAUCUACAGAACUGGAUUUUGAGGCUUUUAGAAGAAACUAUGUCGCAGAAAUGUGGCGGGAUGUGUGUGCUACAGAGAUGACUCUAGGAGGAGGACAGCAAGGGCAGGUCUGGGCAACGACGUAA